GAGAAUAAAGCAUCACAGUCGUGUUCUAACAUUCGCUGUGUUCGCAUCGUCACUCCGAGACAAAAAUUGAAACUAGUUUCAGAGAAUUUCAGCAAAACUUUAUCAUAAAACAUUUUCCUUGUUAAAAGUAAAAGUCAAAUUCAUACAUUCUACAUACAAAAAUGAGUGCAGAUAAUAACAAGAGUGAAGUUGAAGUCGAAAAUAAUGUUGCCGCAGAAGAAAAGACAGAGAUUAAGGAAAUUAAAGGAGUCAAAAGGCCUGCAGAGGAAAAAACUCCGGAGUCAAAAAAAGUAAAAAAAGAUGAAAAUGGUGCUGGAGAAGAUGACGAAGAAAUUGAAGAUGAAGGCGAAGAAGUUGAAGAUGAGGAAUACGAUCUCCCUUACGGAGAGGAAGACGUUAACCCUGAAGAGGAAGAUGAUGAGGACGGUGAUGACGACGCAGAAGAGGAAGAGGAGGAAGAUGCGUAAUGUUUAAAUAGUAAGAUAGGCAGAUUCUAUGAGGAAGAGAAAUCUUUUAUUUGAAUUUGUAUUUAAACUGCAAAUUAUUAUAUACACCAUUAAGAUUUGUAAAAUUAUUUGUGUAUAUAUUUCAAUGCAGGAAAACAUCCUAUCGUAGACAAAAAUGCAAUAGGUUAAACUUGUUUAUUGGGAUUAUAUUCCUUAUUUAAUUUCUGUGCAGUCAACAGUGAAUUCAUGUUAGAGAAGUUGCUGAAUAUGAAGCCGAAGUCGAAAAUAUAAUGCAAAACGAGGAUAUGCAUAAGUAAUCUAUUUUUAAACCGUUAGGCAGAUUAUCAUUCAGAACAGAACUUUCUAAAGUAACAAAUGGAUCUAACUGUGUUGAUUGUUGUUUAAGAAUAUAUGAUCACAAUGAUGCGUUGGCUCCUGCAGGCAAAAGUUAGACUGGAAAAACUUAAUGAGUUUUGAAAAAUUUAAACAAUUUAUUUAUUUAAACACUCCGUUCUAAUGGAUGAAAUAAGCAGGAUUUAUAUUUAUUUUAGUUUUGUAAAAAACACUACAUUUAAUUUGUAAUAUAAUUGUUAGCAUUAUCAAGUAAAGUCACGUCAAAAAUAGCGCAAAAGUUUUUGCAAACAGAUUUGACUCAAUUUAAUGGUAAUUAUGCGACAAUUUACAUUUUUCAACAUAAAUCUACGAAAGAAAAUUGUCAUAUGGAAUGUUGAACCAGCAGAAAAUUAUGUUGCAUUUUGUCAGUUUUUGUAAGAAACAUUGUAGAACCACGACUAAUAUUCAAGAAUCACGAGGAAUAAGUUAUACCCUUUGACACACAAUAAACAAAUUUUAACAAGUAAAUAAGCAUAAACUUACGUUUGAAUAAAAACAUGUGUUUUUAGACUAA